AUGCAAGAGAUCUGGUGUUUCUUCAAGCUGCUCGAAGUGCUGCUGGGCAUUACGUGCCUCACAUUUCACGUGCUCGGCUUUCUGCACACCGAACCGCUACCGCACAAUCUCUUCUACUGCGGCACAUUUGCCAGCUUCACGGUGUACGCAGCCUUCGGCAUACUCAACAACUUGUGUGGACAUGGUCGCACCGCUGCCAUCGAAGCCAUAACCACAACAGUGGGCGCUGUAAUGCAUUUCGCUGCCUCUUUGCUUUCCAUGUAUCAUGCGGAGCAAGACUUUCAUUUAAUGUUUCUCACCGAUACGGAGGAGCCGAGACAUCACUACUUUUUCUAUUGUAAGGCGCAAAGUAUUGCCGCGCUCGCCACGGGCGGCAUGUAUAUGUUGCAUGCGACAUACGCUUACGAUGCUGGUUUCAUACGCUUGAAGCGUGAGUUGCGUAGCGGGGUCUCCAGUGAUCAGGAGACCGAAGAUGAGGAAUCGGUGCAACGUUUUCGAACGCAUAUUGAGAUGUUUGUGUUUGGCAAGAGGGUUCAUAAGAAAUUGUUGCGCUUCAAGUGGUUCCAAAAACUAGCCACGAAGCCAUGA